AUGUGUAAGUCAUUCCCUAAGGUAACUAUGGAACUGUUGAAGCUCCCAUCUCUUGUCCAGCAGAAGAUAUUUGGAUUUAUUGAGCUUCAUAAUCUUCUAGUUCUAUCAUUCUGCUCCAAACGAACAAGAUAUUUGAUUCAAUCGCUUCAAGGACAUCAAUGGAAAGAUAUGAAAUUUGUGACAUAUUCCUUCGAGGAAAAGGACACAAUCUGUGUUAGUGUGACAUCAGAAACUAUGAACGGACUCUUUUCUUUAUCACCAAUUACACCGGAACAGCCGGUCAUUACUCCGAUGGAUGUGUUUGGAAUGGGACCGGAGAUUCCUAUCUGUUUGCAUCCGAGAUAUUUCGGAAACGAAUAUAUCUAUGACAAAGAACAGAAACAACUAGUUGUCCAAAGAAUUCAUGAUUAUCUGUAUCAAUUUCUCGGAUCGUCAUCAAUCGAUUCUAAGGUUGAAUCAACUGAACAUAAACUGCCACCAAGUCUGAAAAACAUCAAUAGCACUAGUAUCAAAGUACCUGAAAACACGACAGCCGAAGAGUUGGAAGCAUGUUUCACCGCUUCGCCAAACCAGGAUUACAUUGAAAUUGACGGACAUUUCUAUGGAAGUUUAUGUCCAAAGUCUGCAAUUCUUGGAGCUUAUAACUUGAGCAUCUGUUUCAAAGGAGGCCAUGGAGAUGAGAUUCUAAGUCGCUUUAAAGGUACCCGACUUCAACUUCAUUCAGCGAAAUUUCAUGAUUCUACCAUCUCUCAAUUUCUAAACGAGUGGAAGUCAAAUCGAGGAUUCCAAAAGUUGAUGUCUCUAUCAAUAAGUUCUUAUCAUUGGAAAAACUACGACGCUGUAAAGAUAUUGAAAGAUAUGGAUGUGAAACAGCUUGAAGAAAUUCUUCGAAUCAUUUCGCCAACGGGGUCAUUUAGGUCUCGUGACUAUUUGAUAAGAGACGUUGAUGGAGAAAAAGCUUCUGUAUUGAUUGAAAACUAUAAUGUUCGUUUCGCUCUCUGGAAAGGGAACUCGUGUGAAAUGGAAAUUGUCAAUCGUUGA